GCUUAAUGCAAGGAUAAUUUGUGUGAGCAAUAAGUAAUUCAAGUUUGGUAUAAAGUAUUAUUUUCAUCGAUAAAAAAUAAAUAAAAAGUUUAAAGGAAAAUCAUGUCGGAUGCAGGAAAUUGGUGUUUAAUUGAAAGUGAUCCAGGUGUAUUUACUGAGUUAAUCAGAGAUUUUGGCGUAACUGGAUUGCAAGUUGAAGAAUUGUGGAGUCUUGAUGCAGAAGAAUUUAAGAAUUUAGGCACCGUUCAUGGAUUGAUAUUUUUAUUUAAAUGGGUAAAAGAUGAUGAGGCAUCGGAAGCAGUUGUACAGGAUAAUAGGAUUGAAAAAAUUUUCUUCGCAAAACAAGUGAUCCAGAAUGCUUGUGCAACACAAGCUAUUCUAAGCAUAUUACUCAAUAUAAAUCAUUCAGAUUUGCAUAUUGGAUCAACAUUAGGCGAUUUUAAGGAAUUUACGCAAUCGUUUGAUGCAUACAAUAAGGGUCUAGCAUUGAGUAAUGCAGCUCAAAUUCGCACUGUUCACAAUUCAUUCGCUCGUCAAACUCUUUUUGAAUUAGACAAUUCUAAGAAUCAAAAAGAUGAAGACGUUUAUCAUUUUAUAUCGUAUAUACCAAUCGAUGGACGACUUUAUGAGCUGGAUGGUUUGAAGGAAGGACCAAUUGACUUGGGAGCUAUUGGAGAUAAAAAUUGGUUAGAUGUGGUUCGUCCAGUAAUUGAAAAACGAAUUCAGAAAUACAGCGAAGGAGAAAUUCAUUUCAAUCUAAUGGCUAUUGUCUCUGAUCGUCAAAUGAUUUACCAGCGUCAACUUGAUGCACUUCUAACUUCUGCUGGCGAUGAAAUGGAAACGGAUACUAAGCAAAACGAAAUCACAAAACUACGAUUAAACAUUGAAGAUGAAAUCAUGAAACGCAAACGUUAUAAGAUCGAAAAUAUUCGACGAAAACAUAAUUAUCUUCCUUUGAUCGUGGAACUGUUGAGAAUAUUAGGCGAAAAGGGACAGUUGAUGCCGUUGUAUGAAAAAGCAAAGCAACGAGCAAUUGAAAGAGAAUCUACAAAACAAAAGAAUUAAUCAUCGUUAUUCACAUAUUAAUUUUUCAGAAUUAAUUCAGCUUCAUACUCUACAAAAUUAUCGUUAAAAAAUUUUCCUAAUGAUUUUUUGACUGUAAUUCAUUUAUUAAUCAAUCUGAAUAUAAAAGUAAAAUAAUUCAAUG